AUGGCAACCCAUCUCCCAAAAGAGAAAAAACCUGCUGAAGGAAGAAAACGCCAAAACAUGCAAAAUGAUACUAAAGCACCUCAAGGCCAGUGGGGAAGAGCAUGGGAGGUGGACUGGUUUUCCUUGGCAAGCAUCCUUUUCCUGCUCAUGUUUGCACCACUGAUUGUGUAUUACUUCAUCAUGUCCUGUGCCCAGUACCAGUGCUCUCUGACUGAUCCACUCCUGGACUUGCUGAUGGGGAAUAAGCAUCUGUCUGACAUCUGGAACAGCACUCCCCCACUGACCUAUAGAGCUGCUGUCAUCUAUGCCCUUUGGGUCACUUUCCAGGUGGUUUUGUACUUGUUCAUUCCUGAUUUCUGCCAUAAAUUUCUCCCUGGAUAUGUGGGAGGUAUACAAGAAGGUGCUGUCACCCCUGCUGGUGUUGUGAAUAAAUAUGAAAUUAAUGGACUUCAGGCCUGGAUCAUUACCCAUGUGCUUUGGUUUGCAAAUGCAUCUUGCUUCCACUUCUUCUCACCUACCAUCAUUUUUGACAACUGGAUUCCUCUCCUGUGGUGUGCCAAUAUCUUGGGAUAUGCAGUGUCCACAUUUGCAAUGAUUAAAGGCUACUUUUUCCCUACCAAUGCCAAAGACUGCAAAUUCACUGGAAACUUCUUUUAUGACUACAUGAUGGGGAUUGAAUUUAACCCUCGAAUAGGGAAGUGGUUUGAUUUCAAACUGUUCUUCAAUGGGCGCCCUGGGAUUGUGGCCUGGACUCUAAUCAACCUUUCCUUUGCUGCCAAACAACAGGAGCUGUAUGGUCAAGUGACAAACUCCAUGAUCCUUGUCAAUGUCCUCCAGGGUAUUUAUGUUCUGGACUUCUUUUGGAAUGAAGCCUGGUACUUGAAAACCAUUGAUAUCUGCCAUGAUCAUUUUGGAUGGUAUUUGGGCUGGGGAGACUGUGUUUGGUUGCCUUACCUCUAUACUUUGCAGGGUCUGUAUUUGGUUUACCAUCCUGUCCAGCUGUGCACAGCUCACGCCGUAGCGAUCUUGAUGUUGGGCUUGCUGGGUUAUUACAUCUUCAGAAUGACCAACCACCAGAAGGACCUCUUCCGUCGUACCAGUGGCAACUGCAGGAUCUGGGGGAAGAAGCCGGAGUACAUCGAGUGCUCCUACACGUCCGUGGAUGGCACCAAGUACUACAGCAAGCUGAUGACCUCUGGGUUUUGGGGCUGGGCACGUCAUUUCAACUACACAGGAGACCUGAUGGGCUCACUGGCCUAUUGCCUGGCUUGUGGCUUUGAGCACCUCCUGCCUUACUUCUACAUCGUUUACAUGACCAUUCUGCUCACCCACCGCUGCCUGAGGGACGAGCACCGUUGUAGCAGCAAGUAUGGGAAGGACUGGAAGCGCUACACUGCUGCAGUGCCCUACCGCCUCCUGCCCGGGAUAUUUUAAGGCUAACGCAGGAUGCAGGGGGAAGAAAAAAGAAGAAACAUGCAAGCACGCUGUGUUAAGAGUAACUGAAGGCACUGAACUGCCUCAUUUUUUUAAAAGACUCUUUUAAUUGGAAUACCCCUCUGAAUCUCCCCAUUUCCAAAUUAACUUGGAGCUUAAGAAAAGAUGCAUGUAUUGAGACUCCUGAGAGAUCCCAAAGCUGGGAGCUGGCCUUAGAUAGUAGCAGGGUUCUGGAAGCAGUGCUUCAGGAGAGAAGAUAAAGAGUUCUGUCAUCUCUUUAGGAAAGAAGUUUUCUGAUGCAAUUGCUUGUGACCAUCAGAAUCUACAAUUGGGAAAAACUGCAAAGGAGAUUUGAUUGUUGGUUGCUUGUCAAGAGAUGAAUGGUGGAAAUA